AGUUGGCCUUCCCCCCAGCCCGCGGGCGCGGGGCUUGGGGGCGUGACACAAUCCUGACCCCGCCCCCGCCGCUGGGCUGCUGGGACCUGGUCGCCAUGGCGACGGACUGUACACUACCACAGCUUCCCAGGCCGCGGGUGCUGGCUACCCGGCUGCCCUAGGGUCAUGGACUCCCUGAAGCCGCAGUGCCCCAGCUUCGCAACCACGUCGAGAGCACACCUGCGGCCUUUAGGAGUGACCAUAGAUGAUUCCUUCCUCACAGAAACCAAGAAUCCCCAGAAACGCAAGCUUUCUCAGAAACAGAAGAUGCUGAUGUCCUGUCCGUUCUCCAUCGGUGGCCACCUGUCCCCAUGGCCCACGUACAUCAGUGACCAGACCAUUCUGCAUAAUCGAAAGCCCUGUUCAGUUGACUACCGGAAGCGAGCAGGUAGCCGGCAGCAGCAGCCCCUGGGCACUACCAAGCCAAAGUACCUGGAGCAGCUAGAGAACUAUGUACACAAGGAGCUCCUCCUGCUGGACCUGGGCACGGAUUCUGCCCAGGAGCUAAGGCUGCAGCCUUACAGAGAGAUCUUUGAAUUCUUUAUAGAGGACUUCAAAACAUACAAGCCAUUGCUAUCCUCCAUCAAGAAUGCAUAUGAGGUGAUGCUGGCCCACCAGAGGGAGAAGAUUCGGGCUCUAGAGCCCCUGAAGGCCAAGCUUGUCACUGUGAAUGAGGACUGCAAUGAGAGGAUCCUGGCCAUGAGAGCUGAGGAGAAACAUGAAAUCUCCAUGCUGAAGAAAGAGAAGAUGAAUUUGCUAAAACUCAUUGACAAGAAGAAUGAGGAGAAGAUCUCAUUGCAGAGUGAGGUGACCAAACUGAGGAAGAACUUGGCUGAGGAGUAUCUGCGCUACCUCAGCGAGCGAGAUGCCCGUAAGGUCCUUAUCGCAGACCUGAAUGAGCUACGGUACCAGCGGGAAGACAUGUCACUAGCCCAGUCCCCAGGUGUCUGGGGGGAAGACCCUGUCAAGUUAACAGUGGCUCUGAAGAUGGCCCGGCAAGACCUGACCCGCACACAGAUGGAACUCAACACCAUGAAGGCCAACUUUGGAGACGUGGUGCCCAGAAGGGACUUUGAAAUGCAGGAGAAGACCCUCAAGGAUCUGCAGGAGCAGCUGGACAGCCUGCGAGAUGACUAUGAAGAGGUCCGCAAGGAGCACGAGAUGCUGCUGCAGCUGCACAUGAGCACGCUGAAGGAGCGGGACCAGUUCUACUCUGAGCUGCAGGAGAUCCAACGCACCUCCACACCACGGCCUGACUGGUCCAGGUGUGAAGGUAAUGCUGGCCAGGGGAGCCCUAGGGACUAUCAAGUGCGCGGUCUGGACUCCAGCUCCCUCUCCCCACCUGCAGAUGUGGUGGCUGGAGGAAGAGAUCGCUGGCAAAAGCUGGCCGAGGGCAAGAACAGCGACCAGCUGGUGGACGUGCUCCUGGAGGAGAUUGGCGAGGGGCUGCUCCGGGAGAAAGACUUCUUCCCUGGUCUGGGCUAUGGGGAAUCCAUCCCCCCUUUCCUUCGGUUUGAUGGCGUUGUGGAGAACAAGAAGCCAACCAAGAAGGAUGUGGUAAACCUCCUCAAGGAUGCCUGGAAAGAACGUAUCGCUGAGGAGCAGAAAGAGAAGUUCCCAGAUUUCUUCUUCAAUUUCCUGGAGCAUCGCUUUGGGCCUGGUGAUGCCAUGGCCUGGGCUUACACCAUUUUUGAAUACAUCAAGCUCUUCCACUCCAAUGAGGUCAUGAGUCAGUUCUAUGCAGUCUUGAUGGGAAAGAGGAAAGAGAGUGUGUACAUCAAGCAGAAGGAGACAAUAGCACAGCUGCUGAAGGGGAUGACAAAUGCUGACAGUCAGAACGAGGGGCUACUAACCAUGGAGCAGUUAAGCACUGUCCUCAAGAGCACCUUCCCCUUCAAGAAGGACGAGAGAAUUCAGGAGUUGAUGGAGGCAGGGGGCUGGCAUCCCAGCAGCAGCAGUGCAGACUUGCUCAACUACCGUGUAUUGUUUAUGGAGGACGAGGAGGGCCAGAGCUUGCCCUUUGUGCAAAAGCUGUGGGAACAGUACAUGGAUGAAAAGGAUGAAUACUUACAGGAGUUAAAACAGGAGCUGGGCCUGGAACUCCACGAUGAGGUGACCCUACCCAAGGUACGUGAGGCCUUGAUGAACAUUGAUCCCAGCCUGGACAAGCAGACCCUAAAAAGCUAUUUGAGCCAGGCCUUCCAGUUCCCCAUGACAGAACUGCCAGAGGAGGGUGAGGAAAAGGAAGCGGGCAUUGUGAUACAGCUCCAGACUGCACUGGAACAGCUUCAGAUGAGUGACGUUAGGCGAAUGGGGCCUCGAGACCAAGAACCUGCAAGCUAAGGUUGCUGUGCUGCUAACCUCUGACUGCUGCUAUAAAAUUGUUUGUCUGAACCCACACUAUUCUCUAGGUUGUGCUGGGGAGUCAAGGGAAGGGGGAUUGGUCCCUGCCUGGCUGGUCCCAGGACAUGUACCA